AUGGUAGAUCAGAGGAGCACAGUUCCACGUGGACAGGCACGGCCUGGAGUACCAGCAGGUCCUGUAGUACCGGCCACCCCUGGAAUGCCCGUAACCCCUGGAGCACCGACACAGCCGAUAACCACCCCGCCUCCGACCACCAGUCGAAUGUUAACAAGCAAACCUUCAAGCCCGCCUACCAUGCCGGCUACAACAUCUACUCCAAAAAUUACGACAACAUCUACUCCAAAAAUUACGACAACAUCUACUCCAAAAAUUACGACAACAUCUACUCCAAGAAUUACGACUACGUCAAUACCAACAACGACAGUGGAUCCCAAUACUAAGAGGCCACUGCCGCUCGACGCACUGAUUUGCACACUAGAAUCCCCAUUCCGGAGAGAUCUUUUGGGAGUCCCGCCGGAUGGGCUUUGCACGAUUGUGGUGGCCUACCCGUUCUACGAACCUUUUGACUUGGAACUCUUCCCAACAAAGUAUUACUCGUUCAGGCAUUUUGACGUCAUCGUGGAGAACGCCGGAAAGCAGAACAAGACGGAGUUUGGAAUCGGCAUCACUUACAAGUUUUGUAAGAGCGUUGCCAACAUGACAGAACUUGCCAACAAUCCCAUGACCAAGACAACAUUGGACUAUUUGUGGACCAAGCGGUUUUACCACUACGGACAAGUUAACCCUCCUCUCGCAAAUUAUGGCGGAACCAUACAAGAUGUAAACGUCAACUGUGCCAAAGGACUACAGAUGCUCUUCGAUUUGAUGAAAGACAAACAUGACAACGUCAAUCGGCCAAGUUACAUUAUAAUCUCCUUCCCUUUGUAUUCUCCGGGAAAUUUUCCUGCGAUUGGCAAGGCACUAAGCCUGGACUGGCUCGGGCUUCGUUCUCUGCCUGGCAGCUCGUAG